AUGGAAACAAAUGUUAAUAAUCAAAUUGAUAACAAUGAGCAAAAUUCUACACUUGAAAAAUUAUUACAACAAUUAAAAGAUUCAAAUGAUCUUGGUAAUGAGAUAAUUGUCAAUCUACCGAAAUUAAAAGUAGAAUUAGAAAAUUAUCCGAUUGGCAAAUCUGGAUUCAUAGAAUUGAUUGUCGACAUUAUGAAUAUUUAUGAUAACAUAGCACCAGAUCAAUUAUUCUAUGAUGGGUUUCGAAUUUUAGCAAAUCUGUGCGUUUCCAAUGACGAAAAUCGUAGGAAAAACUUGGAAAGUGGAAGCAUUGAUUUAGCAAUACGUCACAUAAGACAAUACGAUGGCUCGUGUAAUGAAUCGAAUGUGAUAAGAACUGCUUUGGCAUUAUUAUUAAAUUCGGGUGCUAACAAUGAUGAUAUCAACGAAAAGAUAUUAAAGGAAGGUGGGUUGACAUUACUCGCAGAUUUAGUUGAACCUAAAAUAAUUCAACAGAAUGGAGAUCAAACUGGAUCUAAACACACUACUGAUAUUACUGUUGUAAAUUAUGCUACAAGAGUUAUAGUGAAUCUAGUGGAUUCUGGUUUACUUGCUUUACCUGAUAAAAAAGAUUCAGAGAGUGAAAAAAUCCAAAAAAUGAUAUCAUCUUUAGUAAAAUCUUUAAUUAAAUUUAUCGAUUGGACUACCAUAAAAGAUACUCCACCUGAAAUUAAUCAGAUAUUGGAAAAUGUCAUUGAUAUUUUAGAGCUAGUCGCUAUGGAAAAUGGAUCGAUACAUUAUAUGAUUGUAAAUGAUCGUUUAUUUGAAAAUUUAUUAAAUUUUCUAAGCCAAACAAAAUCUCAUAAUGAUUGUAAAGCUGUUAUAUUGAAAUUGAUAGUUAAAAUUACAACAUGUGAUGAAAAUAUGGAUUUAUUAUUUCAAGAUUCAACUAUAUUUAAUAAAUUUUUAACAUGGUUAAAUCUAAAACCUAAAAAUAAUGAUCUUCAGAUGUGUGCAGCUUUAUGUAUAGGAAAUUUGGCUAGGAAUGAUAAAAAUUGUGAAAAGUUGGUAAAAGAUUAUGAAAUUAUGAAACCGUUAUUGGAAAUUCUUAAAACUGCUGACAGUGUCAAACUACAACAUUCUAUAGUUAGCACAAUUAAAAAUUUAUCACUACCAGCUGUUAAUAAGGACAUUAUUGGAUCACUUGGUGUAAUUGAAUUCACGGCGACAUUAUUAAAAAACGAUGUUAUACCUCUUCAAAUAGCCAUAAUUGGAAUAUUUAAACAUUUAUCUAAUAAAAACGUGAUAAAUUCCAAAAAAAUAAUUAUGGGCAGCAAUAAUAUCAAUAAUGAUGAUUCAGAAGAACCAACGCCGCUUUCUCAUGUUUUAGCAUUAAUUCAACGAACUGAUGAUAUAACAAUAAAAAAUGAGGUGGUAAAUACAAAUGGCACUAUACUAACAUCGUCCUCUGAUGUGUUGCCGUCAUCAUCUGCUGAUGAUAAUUCAUCAGAAUUAACGCCAUUAUUAAGUUCUUUACUUAAUAUACUUCAAAAUAAUGAAAAUAAAUAUCCAGAAGAAAUUAAAAUUAAUGUUUGCAUAUUAUUAGAAAAAGCUUCUAAAAAUUCUUGUGGUGAUGGUUUCAAAAAAUUAUUUAAGAAAACAUAUACCUACGACAAUCAAUUCUAUAUUAAAUAA